AUGGUGACUGGAAUACUGUCUGAUAAUUAUAAGGUUCUUGGGGUUUCCAUUCCCUUAAACACUAUUGUACCUGAUAAUGUUGCUUGUCAAGAAAAUACAGUCUCCUUAGGAAAGAAUGUAUCUGAUGAUGCUGAGCAAAUUGAUGCUCAUGAGGGGUCAAAUAUUGAAAAACCCUUAGAUAAUGUGGGUGGUGAGGAAUUCCGUGUCACUCAUGAUGUCAGUGACAACCCUAACUGUGAAGCUGAAACAGUAGACCUGGAGGAAUUUUCUGAUAAUGAGUUGUUGACCUCAGUUGUCCCUAGUAUAGCCAAAAGGGUUAGGACUCAGAGAGAAAAGAAAACAGUGGUGCAAAGGUCCCCCAGAAAGAAGAUUGAUGUGCCAACCUCUCCCAAUCCAAAGGUGGCAGAGAGUUCCCUCAAGAGGAAAGGUCAUGGUCCAACAAAAUCUUGGAGCAAAGGGGUGUCCAAGAAAAUGAAGACCAAGUCUGUUGUUGUGGAGUCUGACUUAGAUGUUCCAUGUGAUGUCACUGCCUCUCUGUGGAAAUAUGUUUAUCAGAAGAGGCUGGCUUUGGAAAGGGAAUUGGCUCAGAAUGUUCUGGAAUGUAAGGAGAUUAUGGCCCUUAUUCAAGAGGCAGGUUUAAUAAAGAUUGUGACUCAGUUCUCAAAGUGCUAUGAGAUGUUAGUAAAGGAAUUUAUUGUCAAUGUGUCUGAAGAAUGUGCUGAUGGAAAGUCUAAGGAAUUUAGAAAAGUAUAUGUGCGAGGCAAGAAGUGGCCUCUCAAAGGUAAGUUGGUGGCUAGCAAACUAAGUGUCAAGUAUGCAAUGCUGCACAAAAUUGGAGCUGCUAACUGGGUGCCCACCAAUCACAAAUCUACAGUGGCUGUAAUGCUUGGAAAGUUCAUAUAUGUUGUUGGAACCAAAGCCAAUUUUGACUAUGGAUCCUAUAUUUUUUAUCAAACCUUGAAGCAUGCAGGAAGCUUCGGUGUGAAUGGGCCUAUAGCGUUUCCUUCCCUCAUAUGUGGUAUUGUGUUGAAUCAAUUUCCAAACAUAUUAACAGAGAAUGAUUAUAUGAAGAGAAGAGACAGCCCAUUGGCCUUCAAUCAUAAACUGUUCCUAGGUACGCAUGUUCCUGACAUUGCCAUGGAAACAGGAGAGACAUCAAGUGUUUGCACUCAACCAGGUAAAGCUGUUGUCAUUGCAAUACUCAAAGAAACGUGCAAGGAGUUAGAGGCAAGGAAGCUCACUUUGGAAAAUUUGAUUAUCAAGUUGGAGAUGACUGAAGGUGAUGUGCUUGGUGAAGUUGCUGAUGUUGCAUAA